AUGAUACGAUCAACUCUUGAAUUAUUUCCUGAUGAGUUAAUACUUGAUAUAUUUGAAUAUUUUGAUAUACGUGAUUUAUAUCAAUCAUUUUAUGGAUUAAAUUCUCGAUUAAAUGCUAUUAUUCGAUCGAGAAAAAAACUUUCACUAAAGCUUUCCACACCUGAUGAAAUGAAUGAUCCAUAUUUUAAUUUAUAUACAAGACAUAUCGUUAACUUAAUUAUUGAUCAUUCAAGUUUUAUUGAUUUUCAGUUAUUUUCUUAUUUACAUUCAUUAAUAUUAUAUAGUCCAUCGAAAGAUCAAUUAGAACAGAUAUAUCUUUGUAAAUUGCCUUAUUUAAUUCAUCUUGAAUUUGGUAUAAUGAGUGAUACAUUAUUUUAUCGUAAUUUCUAUGAAUUUCUUCAUUGUGAACGAUUUCCAUCUUUACAAACAUGUAUAUUUCAUCAUGAAGAUAAUCCGGUUUCAUUAAAUCGUUAUAGACAAAUUUGGUCAAAUACAUCAACACUUCGUACAGUUUGGUUAAGUUCUAUUGAUUUAUCGUUAUGUUCUGAUAUUGAUUUACAUACUGACGAGAAGUCUUUAUCGAUUGAUGUUAUGCAUUUAAGUCUUAAACGAUUUGAUAUUUGUUGUGUAUCAGCUGGUCCAUCAAUUUUAGAUAUUGAUCAUUUGCUUGUACAGACACCGAAUUUAGAAAGAUUUAAAAUAGCUUCGAGUGAAAUUUGCCAUUCAUAUGAAUGUUUACAACAAUUAGCAUCUAUUCUUCAACGACGACUUAUUCAUCUUCAUCGAUUUGAUUGUGAACUUCAAUUUGUAAUGUCAACCGAAGAAAUUCAUAAUAUUCAUCAAUUGCAUCCAUGUUUUAAUCGUAUACAAUACGAAUUAAAAUAUGGUGGCCGAUGUGUAAGAUUAUAUACAGAAUAG